AUGGCGGAAAAAGAUUACAAGACUGACAAAGUCAGGAGAAUGUUCAGUUGGACUACGGGGGAGACCUCGCCUUCGUCGCCAGUGAGCGAUGAGAAGGAUUCAAAGAUGAGCCAGAUACAGUUCUCAGUUCCGGAGAAACAGAACAAUACUAUGUGGCAAAAAAGGCAGCAGGCAGUGUGUGUGAGGCACGCGUACAAACACUACGGUUCUAACAAACGACCGAAUCACGUCCUAGAGAACCUUAAUAUGUCCGUCGCUAAGGGGACCAUAUACGGUCUCCUGGGAGCGUCUGGUUGUGGUAAAACAACUCUACUUUCAUGUAUCGUUGGAAGAAGAAAAUUAAAUCGUGGAGAAAUCUGGGUCCUGGGAGGAAAACCGGGAACCAAAGGGUCUGGUGUGCCUGGUAAACGUGUUGGCUACAUGCCUCAAGAGAUAGCUCUGUAUGGUGAGUUUACUAUUAAGGAGACGAUGAUGUACUUCGGGUGGAUCUUCGGCAUGGAGACCAAAGAAAUUGUGGAUCGACUCCGAUUUCUAUUGGACUUCCUCGAUCUGCCCAGCGAGAAUAGGAUGGUGAAGAAUUUGAGUGGUGGUCAGCAACGUCGUGUGUCAUUCGCCGUGGCGCUCAUGCAUGACCCUGAGCUCUUGAUCCUGGAUGAGCCUACAGUGGGUGUGGACCCUCUGCUCCGACAAUCUAUCUGGACGCACUUGGUCCGCAUCACAAGCUCCGGGGAUAAGACGGUCAUCAUCACCACUCAUUAUAUAGAGGAGGCGAGGCAGGCGCACUGUAUCGGUCUGAUGCGUAGCGGUCGUCUCCUGGCUGAGGAGUCUCCCCAGGCCUUGCUCCACAUGUACAGCUGCGUUUCUCUGGAAGACGUCUUCCUUAAACUAUCACGGAGACAGGGUCAAGCGAACCAAGUGGCCGAGUUGAACAUCUCUGGCGGAGCCCUAGGGCUUAACAAGAUGUCCAAACGAGAGGAGGCGCCGUACGCCGCUGAGGACGGCCAAGUAGUGGGUCUGAACUUCCAUCAGAGCAAGGAAGUACUCAUAGUAGAAGCUGCUGGCUCUAACGGAGAUUUGCCGGGUAAAGUGACGGAGGUUGUCAAGUCAGAGUGUGAGGACUGCGGUAACUGUUUCAAUUUAACCUCUCGCGGUAAGAUCAAGGCCCUGAUCCAGAAGAACUUCCUCCGCAUGUGGCGUAACAUCGGCGUGAUGCUGUUCAUCUUUGCACUACCAGUCAUGCAAGUCAUACUGUUCUGUCUCGCUAUAGGGAGAGAUCCUACGGGAUUAAGACUGGCGGUGGUGAACGACGACGUGCGCGUGCUAGACGGCUACUGUCCGUUCAACUCGUCGUGCUCCAUGAAGAACCUGUCGUGCCGCUACCUCGCGCACCUCCGGAACCAGUCCAUCAUUAAAGAUUACUACGACGACCUGGACAGCGCGCGCGGGGCCGUGGAGAGGGGGCAUGCGUGGGGCGUGCUGCUGUUCAAUGAGAAUUACACCGACUCACUGGUCGCGAGGCUGGCUUUGGGCGACACGGCUGACAACGACACCAUCAUAUCUUCGGAGAUCCAGGUGUGGCUCGACAUGUCCAACCAACAGAUAGGACUCAUGCUCAACAGGGACAUACAGUUCAGUUACAGGGACUUCGCUAAGGAGCUGCUCCAGACGUGUAACUACAACCCCAAGGUGGGCGACAUCCCCAUCGACUUCCAGGACCCCAUCUACGGAGACAACAACCCCUCCUUCACCGACUUCGUGGCGCCCGGGGUCAUACUCACCAUCGUGUUCUUCCUGGCGGUCGCGUUGACCUCGUCCGCACUGAUCGUGGAGCGCAUGGAGGGUCUGCUGGACCGCUCGUGGGUGGCGGGCGUGUCUCCCGGAGAGAUCCUCUUCAGUCACGUGGUCACCCAGUUCGUGGUGAUGUGUGGACAGACGGCGCUUGUUCUGGUCUUCAUGAUACUAGUUUUCGGCGUCGAGUGCAAUGGAAACGUGUUAUAUGUCAUCGCGCUCACGUUAUUGCAAGGGUUAUGCGGAAUGUGCUUCGGAUUCGUGAUAUCGGCGGCCUGUGAAUUAGAACGGAACGCGAUUCAACUGGCGUUGGGCUCGUUCUACCCGACGCUGCUGCUGAGCGGCGUCAUCUGGCCAAUUGAGGGUAUGCCGUGGGCGUUGCGAGGUGCGGCUCUAUGUCUGCCUCUGACCCUGGCUACGUCUGCCUUGCGCGCAGUUCUGACCCGCGGCUGGCCGCUGUCCGAGCCAGAUGUAUACCUGGGCUUCGUGGCUACGCUGGGAUGGAUCGCGCUGUUCCUAGCGCUCACACUCACUAUACUGAGGUUCAAGAGAGGAUGA